AUGGACUCGUUUUCUUCGACCGUGAAAGGCAACAGAGUCAAGGCAUGUACGGAGUGUCGACAGCAGAAGCUUAAAUGCGAUGCAAAAGAGCUUACGUCUUUGCCAUGUUCGCGCUGUAGUCGUCAGAAGCUUCAUUGUGAGAUUUCACAGACGUACAGACGUGUCAAGCGACGAAGGUGCGCACUCCCGCAAGCUGGCAUGAUUUUUGUGAACCAAAUCCUUCCUAGGAAAUCCGAGUUGCAAGCUGAAUUGCAAGCUUUGCGUGAACAAUUACACCAGUCGACGAAUCAAGCCACUCUGCCCGGUGGUAGCAAGCUCCAGCACAGCUUCGAUGAGUCCGAUAGCAGUCUGUCCAGCGCCGACCUUGACAGGUUUAUGACGCUCCCUCGGAACUCUCAGAAUUCACGUUCGAUUGACCAAGACUAUGGGGUAGGCUCAUUUUCCAGCAUGAACAAUUCGUCCUGGACAAUUGGAGAUUUGGCCGUUGGACAGGCGGAAGUGCAGGAUUGCUUUCAUGCCUUUCUAAGGAACUAUCUUGUCUACCAACCGGUGGUUGAUAGCGAUCUAAAACCACGUGAGUGCUACGAGAAAUCCGUUCUAUUGUUCUGGACAGUGGUCGCCAUUGGUUCAAGAAGAUACGUCAAAGAUCCAACUCUUGUCAUAUCACUUGCUCCAAAAUUGACAGAGCUGGUCGAGAAGAACAUUCUGUCAACGGAAACGGACGGAGUGCUGUUUACCAUACAAGCUUUGCUACUGCUCUGUGCCUGGCCAAUACCAUUUGACUCGCUCUCCCAUGAUUGUUCAUCAACGAUUGCUGGUGCAGUUCUGGGUCUUGCGAUGAGCAAUGGUCUACAUGUCUUGGGAGUCGGGCAGGAUUUUGCACGGAAGAAGCUGGUCGACGAUCACAAAUCGAGACGACUUCGCGCAAAGCUCUGGAGUAUCUGCAUCGCCACUUGUCAAAGGGUGAGUACAAUCAAGGGUACUCCUCCCAUCUGGAUUCCCGAUACCUAUGACCGCCCUUUAAGUCGAAACUCAUACGACUCUUUGCCGGUCUCAGUUCGGUUCCAAAAGGUGUUAGGCCAGCGACACACAGAGGCUCUCUUCAGCAUUGAAACCCAAGCCCUACCACUUCCUACGGACGCGAGAGAUGCAAGGAUAGUUACAACGAUCGAAGAGUGGCUAAUUUCAGCAUCAACUCUCGAACAUGAGUGUCCAACAUCAAUCGGUAAGCUUUUCUCGGACUCAAAAGCGGCAUACAAGCUAAGAACUCCAGACAAGUUUACCUUGCAAGCGGCAACAUUGCAAAUGCUACAAUUCUAUCUGUUCCUAUCGCUGCAGCAUAUAGAUAUCACGAAAAUCCAGAGAAUUUUUGCAGCAUCUUGCGAUCUUGCCGAGCUUGUUGUAUCCUUAGAACAAAGCCAGCAGUUCUGUGACUACGCCCCUUUGCCAUUGAUUCAAUAUCUGCAUCUGGCGGCAGUACUCAUACUGAGGACUGAAAGAAGUAGUGCUCGAGAAAAUCUAGAUGUUGCACGUGGAAAAAGCUGCUACUUUGCAAUUAUUCAGAUGCACAAGAAGAUACCAGUCCGCUCAGACGACUUCUGGGCGAGGGGCUCUGUCUACUUACCGCAGAUGUGGGCGAGCAAGAAAGCAUAUCGCAAACCUGAUGGCACGAGAGACUCGUUGACUUUGAGGUGCAGAAAUAGACUAGGGAUGAGCAUUGUCUAUGAUAGCUACUGGUGGUGGCGACAAGAAUUCACAAACGAGCCGUACCCUUACGAUAUUGAGAACUCUGUGACUACCACCCCCACUGCUAAUCUCACGGGCACACCAGAGACUGAUGUGGCCAGCUUUGGGGAUGUCGAAUGGCUUCAAUUUCCCAUGACAGAUUUCCCUCUACAUUUUCCUGAAGUACCAGUGCCUGAUGACUGGUCAACCAUGCCACAAACCCUUAGUGGUAAUCCGAGCACAAUGGAUCAACUUGGUCAACCCGAUUGA